UAUACAGUAGGUUACUAUAGAUAUUUUUAGCUAAUUAACAUGAUUUCUGAUACUACAGGGAUCAUGGCCUUUGUUCCUUCUACACCUGAUAUUUCCCUCAAUUUUCAACCUCUUCAUCAAGAUUAUAAUAAUAAUCAUCAUCUUCCUUCCACCUCCCCUAAACUCUUUCCCUCUCCUUGCCUUCCUCAUCAAGACUUCAAUCAUGGCUUACCAUCAAUGUUAAUGAGGAGAUCCAUGUCAUUUUCGGGCGCGGAGAGGUGCGAUAAUCAUCAGGAUUUGAGGGUGGACGAUAAUGAAAUGUCUGAUGACGAUGGUUCUUCGCAAUUGCUAGGGGAGAAAAAGAGGAGGCUUAAUAUGGAGCAAGUGAAGGCAUUGGAAAGAAGCUUUGAAAUGGCUAACAAACUUGAGCCUGAGAGGAAAAUUCAGUUGGCUAGAGCUUUAGGUUUGCAGCCAAGGCAGAUAGCUAUAUGGUUCCAGAAUAGAAGAGCAAGGUGGAAGACUAAGCAGUUGGAGAAAGAUUAUGAGAUCUUGAAGAGACAUUAUGAUUCACUUAAGGCUGAUAAUGAUGCACUCAAGGCUCAAAAUAAGGAACUUCAUUCCGAGUUAUUAAAUGUGAAGAACAGAGAAUCAUCAGGGGGAGGUGGUACACCAAUAAUGAUAAAUCUGAACAAAGAAAAUGAAGGAUCAUGGAGUAAUAAUGGAAGUGAUGACAACAACAGCAUUGACGUUAAUCUUGGAACUGCCACUACAUCAGGUGACAGCCCAUUUUACUCCAAGAAUGUUUUCCCAGAAACCGGCCCAACUACUCUGGCCCAUUUUCUUCAAAGUUCAUCAAGACCAGAUCUCAGCCAUUGCCACAAAAUUGAUCCAACGGUCCAAGAUGAUCAAGGAUUCUGCAACAUGUUUACUCCUGUGGAUGAUCAGACAAAUUUUUGGCCAUGGCCAGAACAGCAGCACUUUAAUUAAUUAAUUAAUUUUAUUUAAUAUUAUUAUUCAAAAUUAUAUCCUUCUUCCCAACUCUUUUUGUUCUUAUUCCUUAUAGUUUAAUUCUUUUGCGUGUAUAGUAAAUCAUGUAAGAAUUAUUAUGAUCCACUUGAUAGUUACGACGUGUGAGUUAAUUAAAUCAGAAAUGGAUUUUCUUCUUCUU